AUGACUAACACAAGAGGCAAGAGAAGGGGGACCAGGUACAUGUUUAGCAGGCCGUUCCGCAAGCAUGGCCCAAUUCCCCUCUCCACUUACAUGCGCAUCUACAAGAAGGGUGACAUUGUUGACAUCAAGGGCACAGGUACCAUUCAGAAGGGUAUGCCACACAAGUGCUACCACGGCAAAACUGGCCGUGUGUACAAUGUCACCCAACAUGCAGUCGGUGUUAUUGUCAACAAGCAAGUCAAGGGCAAGAUCCUGGCCAAGAAGAUCAACGUGCGCAUUGAGCACGUGAAGCACUCAAAGAGCCGCGACAGCUUCCUGCAACGUGUUAAAGAGAACGAGAAGAAAAAGCUGGAGGCCAAACAAAACGGCACCUGGGUGGAGCUCAAGCGCCAGCCUGCUUCUCCUCGCGAGGCUCACUUUGUCAGCACCAAGAAGAACCAGCCACAGCUGCUGGAGCCCAUUCCCUAUGAGUUCAUGGCAUAA